AUGACAUCACUUGCAGAGAAGAAUUCAGGCACCUCACCUCAGAAAAAGGUGACGAAGAUGAGAGCAUCUCCAUUCAACAAGAAAAGUGGUUCCAUGUUGGGAAGGAUUGGUAAAGAAGCUGAGGAAAGGAUUGCACUGGAAAGUGAAAAACAACAAGGGAGCUCAGCUUCUAAUUCAGACAGUGCUGAAGAGAUGAAUGAAGCUGUGGCUCCAAGAGCUAGACCACAGAGGGUGAACCGUGGAAAGGCAAGGUAUGUUCUAAGUGAUUCCGAGAGCCGAUAA